AUGUCGAUGAGCCCUAAGCAUACGACUCCUUUUUCUGUUUCCGAUAUCUUGAGUCCCCUUGAGGAGAGCUAUAAGAAAGUAAGUAUGGAGAAUAACAACUUGGGGGCACCUCUCACUUCUUACCGGCAGCCGCAAGUCUCACAGGCGGCAAUGCAGCAGCACCACAUGGGCCAUAAUGGGACUGUGUCUGCGGCUUACCACAUGACUGCGGCAGGUGUUUCUCAGCUGUCACACACGGCCAUGGGGGGCUACUGUAACGGCAACCUGGGCAACAUGGGCGACCUGCCGUCUUACCAAGACGGCAUGAGGGGCAGCGCCACGGCAACCGGCUGGUACGGAGCCAACCCAGAUCCGCGUUUUUCCACCAUUUCCCGCUUCAUGGGCUCAUCGUCCGGGAUGAACAUGGGCAGCAUGGGCAGUCUCAGUUCCCUGGCAGACGUGGGUAAAGGCAUGGGCUCUCUGUCAACCACACCGAGGAGAAAGAGGCGAGUGCUGUUCUCCCAGGCGCAGGUGUACGAACUGGAGCGACGCUUCAAGCAGCAGAAAUACCUGUCGGCGCCGGAGAGGGAACACCUGGCAAGUAUGAUCCACCUCACCCCGACCCAGGUGAAAAUCUGGUUCCAGAAUCACCGGUAUAAAAUGAAGAGGCAGGCAAAAGACAAAGCCUCCCAGCAGCAGAUGCAGCAGGAGAGCGGCUCCUGCCAACAACAGCAGCAGCAGUCACCUCGGAGAGUAGCUGUGCCGGUGCUGGUAAAGGAUGGGAAGCCGUGCCAAGGCAGCGGCCACACGCCCACAUCCUCCGCUCAGACGCACCACCAGCAAGGGGGCAAUGUCAUGAUUAUGUCUAACAACACGUCCGGCCUCGGCCAGCAUCAGAGCCAGCAGGUGGGAAGCACAGGUCACUCUCCAGACUUGGCGCAGCACUCCUCCAGUCCGCCCUCACUUCAGAGCCAAGUGGCCGGCCUCUCCCACCUCAACUCCCCCGGCGCAGAGUACGGCUCGGCCUUGCAGUGUUCAGCCCUGUUAUACGGCAGGACAUGGUGA